AUGGAUCUGCGCACGAUCAUGAACAGCGAUGUCGCUGGCAACUCCAGCGCUCCGUCGCACCCACAGCAGUCACCCUCACAAACACCUCGCAAAUCCUCCGACCCCAUCUAUCCUCCGCGCGACCACCAGCUGCCAUCGUCUUCGUCUUCAUACCCUUCGGCCUUUCCCGGACCUCCGCCGCCACAACGAACACAUACUUCUCCUGAGCGCUCUUCCUCCUACGGUUCUCUCCAAUCGCCAUAUCAAUAUAUAAAGUCGAGCGCGCAGUCCCAACGCGCGCCGAGCCCUCCUCCCUACGGCUCCGCCUCGCGUGACUCCUUCGCCGCGUCCAUCGCCUACAACCAACACCAUCACCAGCAACAUCAGUCCCCCGUCGCCCACCAACGGUCGCAAUCCAUCCAGUCUGUCCUAGCCCCCUAUUUCCAUUCCUCCAACUCAUUUCAUCCCAGGGACAGUUCCCCCGCAGGUGCUUCACAGCUCUAUCCAUCGCAACAUUUCCCCCCUCCGGUACAAGGAUCGCUGCAAGGAUCGCUGCCCGGUACGCCACGAGGUUCUGCUGCUGCCGUCUACUCCCACCAGUCGCCCCCAUCUUCCGCCCGCCCACAAUCACCAGGUCGUGAUUCCCUAUCGAAUCGAGCCUCUAGCCCGUGGGUUGGCCCGGAUGCUGCAGUGCACACAUCGCCUACCGCCGCUCCCCGUCCAUCGCGAGCUGAUUCGAGAGCCUUAGACAAGACUCCACGCAAGUACAGUACUACAUCCGAGAGAAGGGAUUCUGAGGCGAGUGUGAGCCCCAGAACGACUUUUCUCCCGGGGUCUCGGCCCGAACCAGGCGUGGGGCGUCCCGACCAGUCUCUGUCCCAGCCUAAUCACCUCGAAAACGGGAUCGCAACGAAGGAGGCUCAAAUUACGAACUUGCAUGCCCCAGCGCAUCAGAACAAUAUGGAUAGUUCGCCAUCAUCACGGAUGUCGAUCACGCAGGAAUCAUCUGUUGACGAUCUAGCGCACUCAUGGCCACAAAAAUCCAGGGUGGCUUCGGACCCAAGGGCCACCUCAAGUCCGCAACCCCCGAAGCGCAAGAAAAGAAGAUACAACGAGCCUCCCAUCUACGCCCAAAGGUGCGCUCGCACGAAAGGGAGAUGCCCGCCCAUUCCAAAUCCUUUCCCGCCUAUCCCCAAACACGGGAGGGACUCAUCGUCGGCGAACCCCUGGCUGCUACGCCAACGGGCAGUAUCCUCCGCCCAGGGACCCGCACAUGCUGCGAUCCCACCAGUCAAAGCCAAGGGCGAAGCUACGCCGGUUAAUGGACCCUCGACGCCGCAGCGACCAUCAGAACCUCCCCAGGCCGGUAGCCUGGGGCCGUGGGAGCCGUCCAUCACCGGGCUCAUCCCUCACGAGGAGGUCACGAAACUGGUUGCUGAUUUCCUUUUCAAACAUGUUGUGCUUCGGAAUGACGCGGUUGCUGCCCCUGCCGGUGCGGCUGCAGCGGGUCAACUGCCCAUCAUCGAAGUGGAAGCCAAACUGGGUCAGCUCAUUGACAUGGACCGCGGGGAGCGAAUGAUCCUGCCGAUCUUGACCGAGACUGUAGUGAAUAAGGACAAUCCGCGUUUUCGGACCGCUUUCGAAAGCACCAUGACUGUGGCACAACAUCGAGAAAUGAACAAUUUCUUAAACGACGCUGUGAAGAAUUCCAUGCCCCACUCGAAUCAAGGCCGGAUUCCCCUCUCCUACGCCCAUAAGAAGGAGAGGGAUACGUUCUACGAAGUGUCUCCAAAUGAGCUUCCACCCGUAAUCAGGCAAAAUCUCAAUCCGCGUCACAAGCCCAAGGUGCGGGUAACGGUUGAUCAGCGGACGGGCGAAGUUCUCGCGAAAAUUGUCAAGUGUCGUAUCGCCGACCUGGAUGUGCAUAGCCCACGCACUUGUGUCGACUGGCGAGUCAGCGUGAACCUUGAAAUGAGCUACGAUGGGGAUAUUAGCAACCUGCCCGUAGCGGAUGGAAGGGGCGGUCGAGGCGGAGACCGGAACAAGGACCGCAUGAGUUAUCGACAUCUUGCAUACCAGAUCGAUCUGACCCAGGUCGCCAAGUCAGAUCCCCCAACCAAGGGCGAAUUCGAGCAUGAGCUUGAAGUAGAAAUCUCCUCAGCUGAAAUCCGCCGCCAAGGGCAGAUGGCCAUGACCGGCGAUCCCAAAAAUCAGUACGAAGACUUGAUCAAGGGCUUUGUGGACAAUGUCCGUGUCCUGGCCCGAGCUGUACCACCUUAG